AUGGCGAGACAACCAGAUGAAGUUCCAAUUUUGUGUCCUGACACCGACGUAGAGGCAGCAUCAAGCGAAGACUGCAGUCGACACCAGGAAUGCAGGACUUUGCAGUCAUGCGAUUCUCCAAGUCCCAAGGUGCGUCGACGAGCGGUGCUUGCAACGGUGUCGCUAUCCGCCUUGGCUGUCAUAUUCUUUGUCGGGAUUGCAGUUUCUGGACACCCGAUGCACCACAGGGCAACCAACGCUGAACGCGAUCUGCAAGCAGUAGGCCUAGAUGAGUUCGCCGCAGAAGCUUCGUCGGGAACCGAGCUGGACUCGGAAAGUGAUGCAGCAGGUACAGCC